AUGCCCGAACGGCCCGACGGCAGGAUGUCAAGUUCUUCGGCGCCUGAUCUGACCCUGGCCCCCUUGAGUUGCGAUGACGGUCAUCUCGAACGGCUUGACAGGGAGAACACUAGGGAGUCGACUUAUGGAUACGACAGUGAACGAGGAUGGCGUCGGUGGAGGGUGUUACGGCCAGGUCGGGGGAUAUAUCACGAUAUCAAGCGGCGACUCCCAUACUACAAGAGCGAUAUACUCGAUGCCUUAACCUAUCGUACCGUGGCGAGCACAAUUCGGAUAUAUUUCGUCAAUCUCCUCCCCGCCAUCGCAUACACCUUGGACAUGUACCGGCGAACUGGCGAGUUUUUUGGCGUCAACGAAGCUCUGUUCUCUUCUGCGCUGGCCGCGAUGGUGUUCAGCAUCCUAGGCGCCCAGCCUAUUACCAUCGUCGGCGUCACUGGCCUUAUUUCACUCUUCAACUUCACCAUCUACGACAUCAUCGAGAUCUAUGACGCCUCCAUCUACCCAAAGUUCAUGGCUUGGACCGGAAUAUGGGCUGCUAUCUUCCACUGGCUGGUAGCAAUAGCCAACGCAUGUGACUAUAUGCGUUACGUUACCGACUUCUCUAGCGAAUCCUUCGGCAUGCAUAUUAAUAACCCGAAUAGUCAAAGGAGUCGAGGAGUUGCUAUACUCUACUUCGGUACGAUUUAUGCUCUCGAGAAGCUGGGAUCCGGUACCGUGUGGAAUCCGGUCGUUCGAGGCAUCCUAGCCGACUACGCAUACGUCUUCGCCACCGUCUUUUGGGUGGGCUUCUCACAUAUUCAUGGAAACAUCCAAAAUACACACCUGGCACGAGUCCCUGUCACACGGGCUUUCCACCCGACGCAGCCACGCAACUGGCUCAUCGAUUUCUGGAAUCUUGAAGUGAAAUGGGUGUUUCUUGCUGCGCCGUUUGGCUUCCUUGUCAUGCUCCUCUUUUAUUACGAUCAUAACGUUAGCAGCAUCACAGCUCAGGCUCGCCAGUACCCCUUGAAAAAGCCCGGGGGAUUUCACUGGGACUUCUUUCUGCUGGGUUGUACAACCUUCGUUUCGGGAAUUCUCGGUCUACCCAUGCCGAACGGGCUUGUACCCCAGGCACCUGUUCAUACGGAUUCUCUAACCAUCUACGAAACCCAACUUAAGGUCAUUCCCACCUUGGAAGGAGAAGGAACUGAGAUCCGACGACCGUUUGUCAAAGCAACGGCCGUGGUUGAACAGCGCGUCACUCAUUUUCUCAUGGGAUUGGCUCUUAUCGGCACCAUGACUGGCCCGCUACUCGCUGUCCUCCACACGAUUCCCUCCGCCGUGUUUGCAGGUGUCUUCUUCGUCGUUGGGUGGGGCUCUAUCGAAUCGAACGGGAUCCUCGAGAAGCUCAUCAUCCUCCAAUCCGAGAGGCGAUUUAUUCAAAAAACCGAUCCCAUGCUCACGGUGCGCCGCCGCAAAGCUUACCUUUACGUUGGGCUUCAGAUGGCCGGGGUCCUCGCCUGCGUGGCUAUCUCUCACACCUUGGGCGCUAUCGGCUUUCCCAUUCUGAUCAUCCUGCUCAUCCCGCUGAGGGCUCUCCUCAUGCCAAGGUGGUUCACCCUCAAAGAGCUACAGGUGCUUGACGAGUUCACGGCGACGAGUAGCGUGGUUCUAUCAAGUCUAGGUGGAAAGCCGGUGCUGCCCAAGCAUUCGAAGGAGGAGGGAUGGGGCUUGGAGAGGAAAGUGACGGAGGAGAGAUAUGGGGUUCAUAGACAGCGGAUUGGAAGCAUCCAUCGGUAG